UCGCCGCGCCGGGUACUCAGUAGCAGCCGCGGAGCCGCCGGACGGACCGCCCCGCCCCGCCAUGGCCGAGAGCGACUGGGACACGGUGACGGUGCUGCGCAAGAAGGGCCCCACGGCCGCGCAGGCCAAGUCCAAGCAGGCCAUCUUAGCAGCCCAGAGACGAGGAGAAGAUGUGGAGACAUCUAAGAAAUGGGCAGCAGGCCAGAACAAGCAGCACUCCAUCACCAAGAACACGGCCAAGCUAGACCGAGAGACGGAGGAGCUGCACCAUGACCGGGUGACCCUGGAGGUGGGCAAAGUCAUCCAGCAGGGCCGGCAGAGCAAGGGGCUGACCCAGAAGGACCUGGCCACGAAAAUCAACGAGAAGCCACAGGUGAUCGCUGACUAUGAGAGUGGACGGGCCAUUCCCAAUAACCAGGUUCUCGGCAAGAUCGAGAGGGCUAUCGGCCUCAAGCUCCGGGGGAAGGACAUCGGGAAGCCCAUCGAGAAGGGACCAAAGGCAAAAUGAACACAAAGCCUCGGAGUCAGCACGUUCCGGCUGAUCUCGUCUGGCUGGUGGCCCCUGACCACCACUGCCAGCAUGGCUCCUUUGGGGGCUGAGUGGAACAAGGGUGGCAAUGCCACCAGGGACCCUUCUGUCUUGUCCCUUUGUCCAACAUACACACUAAAAUCUUGGAAAGCA